GGAUGAAGCGCAGGAGGAGAUCUAUAAGAAAGGACAGUCCAAAAGAAUCUGGGGCGAGCUCUACAAGGUGAUAGACUCAUCAGAUGUUGUUGUUCAAGUUCUUGAUGCCAGGGAUCCCAUGGGCACUCGCUCCCCUCACGUGGAAUCUUACCUUAAAAAGGAGAAACACUGGAAGCAUCUCAUUUUCGUCCUGAACAAAUGUGAUCUUGUUCCUACCUGGGCAACUAAGCGCUGGGUGGCUGUCCUUUCCCAGGAGUACCCCACACUCGCUUUUCACGCCAGCCUCACAAACCCUUUUGGCAAAGGUGCUUUCAUACAGCUUUUGAGGCAGUUUGGGAAGUUACACUCUGACAAGAAGCAGAUCAGCGUGGGUUUCAUUGGUUAUCCAAACGUUGGCAAAAGCUCCGUGAUCAAUACAUUAAGGUCUAAGAAGGUCUGCAACGUGGCCCCUAUUGCAGGUGAAACAAAGGUGUGGCAGUACAUUACCUUGAUGCGGAGGAUUUUUCUCAUCGACUGCCCAGGAGUGGUUUAUCCCUCUGGAGACACGGAGACAGACAUUGUGCUGAAGGGGGUGGUUCAAGUCGAAAAGAUUAAGAGCCCUGAAGAUCAUAUUAGUGCGGUGCUGGAAAGAGCCAAACCCGAGUACAUCAGAAGGACGUACAAAAUUGAAUCCUGGGAGGAUACAGAAGACUUCCUGGAGAAACUUGCUGCUAGGACUGGAAAGCUGCUAAAGGGAGGUGAGCCCGACAUUCAAAACGUGAGCAAGAUGGUUCUCAACGACUGGCAGAGAGGCAGAAUCCCAUUCUUUGUGAAGCCGCCGAAUGCAGAACCAGCUCCCCAGGCGCCUGCGUUGGAAGCAGCUGUGACACCAAACCAAGAAAAUAACGAAGAGAAAACUUCUGAGUCGGUAGCAUCAAGUGUGGAGCCAGUGGAAGAGAAGAGCCAGACAGACACUGAAAUUAAGCAACUCAUGUCACGUGUUCGGCAGAACUUUGGGAGGAUUAAUGUGGCACCUCAGUUCUCAGAAGAAGACCUGGUUCCUGUAGAUGUGCCAGGCUUUGAUGAGACAGACAGUGAUUUUUCUGGAGAGGAAGAGCAAGAGGAGGUAAAAGAGGAAAACGAGCAACAUCAAGAUUCAGUAGAGGAGGGAUCGCAGCCAGCCGUGCCAGGUGCCAGGGAGAGCUCUAAGGCAGUUCUCCAGGCUUUGGAGGAGAAGAUUGCAAAAUACAAAAAAUUUCUGGAUAAAGCCAAAGCCAAGAGAUUCUCAGCAAUAAGAAUCCCUAAGCAGCUGAGUGAAAAAGUGUUUGCAAAAUCCAUGCAGAAGUGUGAGGAAGCCAAAGAAACUGAAGACAGAGGCAGCACAGAGAAGAAAAGAAAAAGGAAAGCAGAAGAGGAGGAGGAGGAGGAGGAGCCUUGCAAGAAACUUACAUCCAAAGAAAGAAGACGAGCUGAGAGGCAGCAGCGCUCCAAGAAAGUUGGAGUCCGGUAUUAUGAAACUCACAACGUGAAAAAUAAGAAUAAGAACAAGAAAGCUGGCUUGGAGGGACAAAGAUCAAAGCACAAAAAAUACAAACAUAAGCAAUAA